CUAAAAAUAAGGUACUCUGUGCUGUCUGCGGCACACUGCGGAGCGUAGAGUUAUGAGUUUAAUUAAAGUAGUGUUCAAGUUAAAUUAAUUAACAUUUACAUUAAAACAGAAUUAAAAACAUUCAUUAUUUGUUGAGAGUGUUUAAUGGUUUUAUAUUAUGAUAUAAAGGGACAAACAUAACCUCAAAAUAGCUCAUACCAGUAAAAUCUAAAAAUGCGACUAAAUAUUCGUUUGUUAUCCUCGGCCGUACAAAGAAGACCAUUUUAUAUAACCACCCCUAUAUUCUACGUGAAUGCGGCACCGCAUUUAGGUCAUCUCUAUACGGCGGUUGUGGCUGAUGCUAUUCAGAGGUUUGAGAAGCUAACCAACCCAGAUUGCAAUGUUAUAUUUAGCACAGGCACAGAUGAACAUGGAAUCAAGAUCCAGCAGGCAGCUACCAAAGCUAACCUCCCAUUACCAGAAUACUGUAUGAAAGUGUCAGAGGAAUACCGGAAACUGUUCAAAGACUUUAAUGUUGACUUUACAGACUUUGUACGCACCACUGAUGAGAAACAUAAAGUUGCUGUGAGGCAUUUCUGGAAAAGAUUAGUCAAAAAGGAUUAUGUUUAUAAAGCAAAGUACUCAGGCUGGUACAGUGUAAAUGAUGAGUCAUUUGUACCAGAAACGCACACCAAAGAUGAAGUCAUUAAUGGGGAAAAAGUCAAAGUAUCACUUGAGUCAGGUCACAGAGUGGAGUGGACUGAAGAAACAAAUUAUAUGUUUAGAUUGAGUGCUUUCAAAACACAUCUGUUGGACUGGCUGAAAACAGAUGGAGUGAUCACCCCACAGAAAUAUCAGAAGCAAUUGAUGGAAUGGCUGGAUAGUGAAGUUUAUAUCCCUGAUAUAUCAGUGAGCAGGCCGUCCUCCAGGGUGCACUGGGCAAUCAGAGUUCCAGGUGAUGAAGAUCAGAGUAUAUACGUUUGGGUGGACGCUCUAGUGAACUAUUUGACCGCCGUGGGGUACCCUGAUGAAGACCAAAUGAUCGCCAGACACCGACCCUGGCCCGCCGAUGUACAAGUCGUUGGGAAGGAUAUACUCAAAUUCCACGGUAUAUACUGGCCGGCGUUGCUAAUGGCAGCCCGCUGGCCUCCCCCUCGAAGGAUAUUGUGCCACGCGCACUGGACAGUGGAAGGAAGUAAGAUGUCCAAGUCUCUCCAGAACGUGGUGGAUCCGCGUUCGGUUCCCGUCCCACACGCUGCCUUGAGAUACCUUUUGUUGAGGGAAGCGACCAUGGCUACUGAUGCUAAUUACAGCGAGACUAAACUGAUAAACGUUAGCAACUCGGAAUUGGCCGACACGCUGGGCAACCUCGUCAGUCGAUGCUGCGGCACCGCUUUGAAUCCGCGCGGGGAAUUCCCGCCGCUGCACGCCAAGGAAUUGGCGGCGUACAGCCAGGCUGAUGUCACUGCUAACCUGAUGGACAGCGUGGAAAGACUGGCUGAUAUUUGUCACGAACACUACACCAACUACCAGUUCUACAAAGCCGUUGACGCCGUUAUCCACACUUUACACCUAGCUAACCUGUUCUUCGAAACGCAUAGACCCUGGGAACUGCGGAAGAAGGUGGAACACCAGAAACAACUGGAUGUAAUCCUUCACAUCACGAUGGAAACCCUGAGAAUAAGCGCCAUUAUCCUACAACCGAUCAUACCAGAUAUGACUGAGAAACUACUCGAUAAAUUACAAAUACCUAAAGAUUGCAGGAACUGGCAACAUUGCGAAAAACCUUCGUGGACGAUAGGGGGCGCUAUUUAUGAAACUAAAUACAUACAAAGCGGGAAAUUCGUGCUAUUUCAAAGAGUUUAUGUCGAUAAGAAGAACCAAAAGAAGAAAGCUAGCGGGUAGCGGUAAUAUAGUAAAAGUUAAUUAUGAGGGUAGUUCUAAAAAAUGGCACUUGUAUAGAUUUAUAAUCAAGGAGAAAUGGAUGAUAUCUCAUAAACUGUGUUAUUGUGUAUUUACUUUUGUUACCUUUUGUUUUGUUAUAUGCAUAUAAUGCAUUCAUUAAAUAAUUUGUACAACGUUUUUCGAAAGUAGAAUUAAUAAAAGAACAAAUUGUUAUUGCUUGUUUUUCACUAUUAACUAAAUUAGAUUUUAUUUAAAAAAAAAGAAAUCAAAU